UUCCGAAAAUAUUUCUGAACAUAAUAUCAGUUGCUAGGCAACGGUAUAUCAGCACUAAGCGGGAAAAUGUAAACAAACUAAACGAAAGUGACAUUAAGUUAGAACAUAGAUGCAUAUUUUAAAUUGAUUUUUAGGUAAUAAUAUAAUAUGACUAUUCAGGAAUAUAAUUGAAUUAUGGAUAAUACAGAAAUAAGUGCUCUCCAAACAGAAGUGGAGUUCUAUAGGAACAACCAAACAAUCGUCGAACAAGAGAUCAAAAUGCUGAUCGCUGACAAUCAAAAGCUUUCGCAUCAGCUCGGUGUACUGCUCAAAGAGAAACUGGAGGCUGAGAAGCAGUCGGCUGAUUCUAAUCAAGAACAAAGCAAAGAGCUAGAUGAACUCAAGAGACAAGUCGCUUUAUUUACUAAGGAAAGGGAUUCUCUCCACGUUUUAUGGCAAACAGCUCAGAGGACUAUUGAGGCUUUAGAAACUGAGUUAAAAACUUACCACUGCUACGAUAACAGAGGGAAGCAGCUAAACGAUAUAGAAAAUAAAAGAGAACUGGAAUUAAAACUAGAAACAGCGCUAACAGAUUAUAUAGAAUUAGAAGCGAAAUAUAAAGAACUGCAAACAAAGAAUUCGACGUUACUCAAUGAUGCUAAAAUUAAAGAGAAAGAGAUCGCGUCCUACAAAGAAAGAGGUAAGGAGUUGGAAAUGAAAAUAGAGGAACUUGCGAAAAAUUUAGAAGAAUACAAAAUUAACUUGGCAGCAGAGAAAAAAAGUAGAGAAGACUUAAAAAAACAAUUGGCUUUCAUUCAGAAAGAGUUGGUGGAAAAAAUUAAAAAACAUGCGGAAGCUAAGUCAAAGGUCGCAGAAGCUUUAGAGCUUUACGAUAUAGUAAGGAAACAGAAGAAUGAUGCAAACGCAACCAUUAAACAACAGACAGCUGAACUAAAUCGGGUCAAACGUGCCCUGUGCAGUGUCAAAGACGACUUAGAAGCUGUAUACAGAAAGGAAAUAGACGAAAUGAAAGACAAAUAUAACGAGAAAAUAGUUGAUAUGCUUGUACAUAUAAAGAAUCUUGAUGCCGAAUUAGUUGAAAAGGGAUUACUUCUAAAUAAAGUUCAAAGGGAAAACCAAAUAUUAAGUCAAGCAAAUGAAAAUUACAUUAAACAACAUAAUGAAGAAUUGAAAUCGUUGGAGCCGAAAUUGAGAAUAGCCGAACAGCGAAUGGAAAUAAUGUUUCAGGAAUUGGUAUCAUCGGAGAGACGAAAUGUCCAACUCGUGUGCGAGAAGCAAUGCCUGGCGCUCGACGUACAAAGAAUUCAAGAGAUACAAGCUAGAGAAACGAAGCGUAGAGAUUGGGAAGAAAAAUUGUUGAAGAAUCGCUGCGAAGAGCUCACAUUGCAAUUGGAAAACUCUCAAAAGUCCCUCAAUGAAACACACGAAAUGGUGAAUAAGCUUCAAGCAAUGAUGUCCUCUAGAGCGGAACUCAGCCAAAAGAUAAUUUCAACCAAAGAAGACGAAUUGAACGAACUGAAUAAGCAUUUAGAAAAUCAAAUGGAGCUCAGUAAAAAGUGGAAAGAGUCUUACGUGGAAAUGACCGAGAAACUCAAGAAGCAAUUGAACGAUUUAGAAAACGAGAACAGCGAAUUGCGAAUGCAACUGAAACUUCCAAAUUCAGGAUUAAUUCACGACGAUAGUACGGAGAGCUGAUACGAAUAUUUUACGGAAAUUGAGCUAAUAUGCAAUUUAUUUGUUACAUACUGUAUGAAAUCGCACCUGAUUUUUUGUUGUAAUUUAAAAUUUUAAACCGACCGACUCUACUGUGGAUUAGUCUAGUAUUUGACCUAGUAUUUCGGUCUGGUCUAGUCUACCUAAAGGAGGUAAUGUUUCUUGAGCUUAUGUAUGUCUUUGACAUGCUCUACAGCCUAAAAUUUCCAGAUUAUAACAGCUGUCUGCCAAUUGUCAUGUAAAAUCAAAUAAGAUGGUUGACUGAAAAAAAAAAUAUACUUGCGGCUUGAAAAAAUAUUUAAUCGCAUAGCGUUAUUUUUAUUUAUUACCACUAAGGCUUUGAUAGGAGAUUGAAGUCACAAUAACAAUAAUAGUUGUCCUACCUUCAAACUGGAAACCGUGUCUGGUAAAUAGACUACUGCCAUCAAUCAUGGUCGUUGGCAAUACAUUGGUCGUUAGCAGAAUGGUAUAAAUCUACAAAUAUUAUUAGGGAGAGCACUUAUAUUUUUGUUAUGAUUGCACACAUGCUAAAAUAAAAUAGGCACUCACUAUUAUGUUAUUUUAUUUUAAGUGAAAAAUGUAUUUACAAUAUUUUAUUAAAUGUAAUCAGUGCAAUAAUAAACGACUUAAAACGAUUAUAA